AUGGACGGUGAUUUGAAAAAAGAGCUGAAAAAGCUUGAACAUGAAUAUGAUUACGAACGAACAUUGAAUCUUGGUCGUUUCGGGCGCUUACCCGACAACAAACUGUACAUUCAUGAAAAUGGGAAAAAUGGAGAUUUCACAACGGUUCAUUUUGAUGAAAAGCCAAUAGAAAAGAAGAGUAAAUGGAAUUUUGGGAUCUUCACAAAAGUAUGCGAGGAGCUUGGCAAUCGAGCCGACACAGUUCGAAUGGUGUUCGCCGAUUGGGUUUUCCUGGCUGUUCUCGGAGUGCUCACAGCUUGUCUCUCCUCUACAAUUGAUACAAUUGUUGUUUGGUUUCAACAAAUCCAAGAAUGGAGUAUCAACAUGAGUUCUGAGGAGAAUUUCACUGGUUUUGUCUCGAUGUACACAGCUUGGGUGCUUUUCUUUACUUUGAUGAUUGUCACCUCGGCAACUCUUGUUCAUUACAUUGCACCUCAAGCGAUUGGAUCCGGUCUUCCAGAAAUGAAAACAAUAAUUCGUGGAGUGAUUUUGAAAGAUUAUCUAACCUUUCGAACUUUAUUAUCAAAAGUCGUUGGGUUGAUUUUUUCAUUGGGAAGUGGAGCGCCGAUUGGAAAAAUGGGUCCUUUUGUGCACAUAUCUUCUAUUUUGGCCAAUCAAUUGUGUUUAUUUGCUGCACGGUUUGAUAGAGCAUUUGGAUCAGAGUCUAGACGAAUCGAGACACUGACAGCUGCUUGUGCCAUUGGGGUCGCUUGUACUUUCAGUGCUCCAGUUGGAGGAGUACUUUUCUCAAUCGAGGUCACCACAAUGUAUUUCUCUGUGAGAAAUUAUUGGAGAGGCUUCUUUGGGGCUUGUUGUGCAGCGACCACGAUACGAUUAUUGAAAGGAGUUUUUGCGGAAACAGAAGUGACAACAAGUGCCUUCUUUCAAACUUAUUUCCCAAAGGAUCCAUACUCUGUCGACGAACUACCGCUUUUUGCUUUUUUGGGAAUCAUUUGUGGCUUUCUUGCCGCAUCUUACAUUAGCAUUUACAAACAUUUGGUACUCUUCCUCCGAACAAGUCAAUUCGCUAAGAAUCUCUUUCAAAAAAGAUGGAUGGUUUAUCCAGUGUUGGUCUCUGUUCUCCUUGGUGGACUCACUUUUCCUCAUGGAUUAGGACAAUUUUUCGUUGGACGGCUUCGUUUUGCCAGAAAUCUUCGCGAUUUUUAUUUGAAUUGCACUUUCGCAGUCGAACCAGGAAGUGCUCUUGCUUGCAAUGACGAGCACAAUUGUCCAUUCAUUGACUCUGAAUUGCCUGUUAAUAUUAUGCUUUUGCUAUUUAUUGUCGCUUUGUUUGUUCUAUCAAUCGUAUCUAUCACUUUGCCGAUUCCUGGCGGUGUUUUCAUGCCAACAAUUGUAUUGGGAGCAGCGAUUGGCCGACUCAUGGGAGAAAUCACUUCUGAAUGGGCACCAAAUGGAAUCGACGCUAGCCAUUUCAUUUUUCCUGGAGUUUAUGCUGUAGCAGGCUCAGCCGCUUUCUCUGGAGCUGUCACUCAUUCAGUGUCCGUGUCAGUAGUCGUUUUUGAAGCCACAGGACAACUACAUUGUUUGCUGCCGGUUAUGAUAGCGGUGAUUAUUGCAAACGCUAUCAGCACUUAUUUUCAACCCUCAUUUUUCGACACGAUUAUCAAAAUCAAGCAUUUACCGUUUUUGCCUGAUAUCCCGCCAUCAAGUAAUAUCGUUCACACGGUAACAGCAGAGAAAAUGAUGACCUCGCCAGUUCGUUUCCUUUGUCGAGUCACAAAGUAUGAAGAUAUUCGAAAAAUGCUUACGGAAGGGCCACAGUUAAGAAUGUUUCCAGUAGUUGAUGGAGCGAAUACUCAAAUGUUGCUUGGAACUGUAAACCGAAGAACAUUAUUGGAGAUUUUAGAAGAACAUGUUGGAGAUGGAGCUAGAAAGUGUGAAGCAGAGACACGUGUUCGAAGAGCGAUUGAAACAAUCGACAAACAUUUCAAGAAUACUCAAGAGAUUACGACAAGUGAUCCAGAAAUAACAGUGACUCCAGAGGAAGUGAUUCAAAGAAGAACGUUCAGUGAAGGAAUGAAAACAUUGCCAUUGUUUAGAGCAAGUAGAUCGAUUUCACCCCAACAACGAGUCCAAUUUGGCAGUUCAAUAAGCGGAAAACCGGAUAUUACUAGAAAAUGCCGAUUUGUGGUCACUGCCAUAUCUCCAGAACCAUCAACUUCUCAUGCAUCAUCAGCUGAACUCACCUUUUCUGGCUCUGAAACGAGCAGUGAAAAGAAUCCACACUCAAAAAAUAGUUUGAGAAAAAUUUCUUCAACCAAUAGAAGAAACGCCUUUUGCAGUAUGGAACAAAAGGAACACGAAGAGACUGUAACGAGUGUCAGUAGACUUCCGAAGAGUGAGUCCUUUGAUUCAGCCGAUCAACAUCUUACAAUUCAUUCACUUCAUUCCUUUCAUGUUGAUUAUCAAAAGAUGAUGAAAGGAUAUUUGCGGCAAGCAAAGAAAGCAAUCACUCAUCUGAGGAAACAAUCUCGAAAGGAAAGCUCUCAAUUAGCUAUUUAUGGAUUGACUGGUAUAGAGAGAGAAGAAUGGGAACACCAACGAAUGAGCGAAACUUUUGUUUUCCCUGAAGAGUUCAUUGAUCCAGCUCCAUUUCAACUUGUUCGCAGGACAACUCUUUUUAAGAUUCACUCAAUCUUUUCAAUGUUACAAUUAACAAAGGCUUAUGUAACAGAGUGUGGUCGUUUGAUUGGAGUGGUGGCUCUUUGUGAUGUUAGAAGAGCUCUUGAGAAGUCGAGUGAUUUGGCUAAAGAUCUGUCAAACGAUCUCCGACCACCACAUCACAAAGAUUCAGACUUUAGAGAAGCACUUAAAGAUGUGUUAACACCAGCGAUUGAGGUGAUCAAGCCAAAUAUGGGACGCCGAGGCAGUAAACAGAUUCAUUUCGCUGAAGAUGAUUUGGAGAAUGUUUUCUCGAAGAGACCAACAAGUUUACGAAUUCGAACAGAAUCUACGGGAGUUGAGGACUUUCCGAUAGCUUCGGAAACAAGAAGGGUUCAAUCCUUCCUCCGAAAAUCUUUGGGUCAAUCCGAGAAUCUCGUCGAUGCAGUUGUGUAUCUUCGCCGUAAAUCAAUGCACGUUUCAAGGAGACGACAAUCAAAAGUUGGCCCUGAAAGUGUAAAUGAACAAAAGCCUAAAGAA